AUGGAGGCAGUAGGUGCUGUCGCUUCCAUCGCAACCAUAGCACACAUUGGAGACACAGCAUUCGAGAUUUGCCGCAGAUCAAAGCAUGCUCCCCAAGAAUUGAGCCUUGCGGCAUUACGAGUAGAAGCUCUAUCCAGUAACCUCGAGCUUUUGCGGGAACUAGAAAAGGAUUUUAAGCACUGGAUCCCGGCCAAUGAUCCUGUUUGCUCAAUUCUCAAGCGCACAAUCAUGAACGCGGUAGAUUCGCUCGCCAUGAUACAGGGACUGCUGCCAAGGGCAGUCACUACGCCUGGGGCUGUUUCUAAGCGGAAUUGCCUGCGCUGGAUAGUGGGGGACAAAGCUACUUACGCCGAACUAAUGGCAGUAGUGGCUGGAGCAGAGAGCUCUAUCAAUGCAGCUUUGCAGCUUGCGCAAUGGUGGAAGCUUCAGAACGAUGAGCGAAAAAAAUUCGAGGAAAGCAGAUCGAGUGUGUUGCAGUCGAGUCCAAUCCUGCAACCAGGAGAGGCGGUUGAAAGGGCAAAAGAAAUCCCACCAGACACGGUGUUGACGCAAACCAUACAGAUUGCAGCCCCUCACACUAGGAGAAGCAGUCAUUUGUGGGGUAUGUGCAAGAUUAUCCAGACCCGUGCCUACGCCGCAUCGCCCAAGAGGAGUACAUAUGCCUUUUCUAUUCAAUUGCAGCUUCUAGCACGGUUGAGCCUGAAGUUUGAUCUCCUGGCACGCUCCUUGACGUGGAACGGUGGGUCAAGUUUGCUCCUCGAUGGUGGCCGCAUUAGCCUCAAGCAACUUGUACGUCCAAACAGCGAGUUUAUGAAAGCAUCGAAGGAUGGCGACUUAGCAACCAUGCGGGCACUCCUUCACACUGGUGACGCCUCUCCCACCGAAGUCACGGAGAGCGGCGUAACUCCUCUUUGCCUCGCCAUACAAAAUGGUCAUACGCAAGCCGUUGAGCUUCUCCUCAAUGAAGGGGCCGACCCGAAUGAGCCUUUCGGAAAGAAACAAACAUCUCCGCUGUCUUGGGCUUUGAAGCACCGGCACAUUGACGUCUGCAGAACCUUGCUGGGCCAUGGGGCAUCCUUUUAUCAACUAAGUAUCUACAACUGGUCUCCCAUCUUCUAUCUCUGGUCCAAAACCGUCCGCCAUCCGCCGUCAACUGGCUUUAUAUCUAUGCUCCGAACCAAUGUCAUGGAAUUCCCGUGGCUUCAUCGAAAUAUCGUCGACACGGAAGGCUGGGGCCUCAUGCAUCGGGCCACGGUCUUCGGCAUGCCGGAGGACGUCCAAAUGCUCAUCGAUUCUGGUGUCGAUCCAUUUCAAUCUAUAGGGAAACUGGGCUGGAUGGUGUUACACAACGUGGUACAUUUUGGCCUCCGCGACAAUUUUCAGGUCCUAUUUCCGGAGUACGAGAAAAAAUAUGGCAGGAGUGUCGCGAGAGAACUGCCCGAUUCCAGGAACUGGACGCUUUUGCAUAUUGCCGUGGCAAAAGGCCACGACCAGAUUGCGCGAAGCUUGCUCAAAUUAGGCUCGAACUGGCAUGCCUUGACAAACCCAAUUCAGGAUACCGAUACGCCAGAAAAUCUUCAAGGUGCGAAGUCCUCGCCCAUCGGCCUAGCGUUGGCGUAUGGCGAAGAUCGAUAUAAGGAGUUGCUGAGAGCAAUCGAUGACAUCAUCUGCUCCAAGGACGAAGAUGAGUGGUAUGAUGCCAAUGACCAGCCAUGGUAUGAUGCGGUUGAAUAUAUUGUGCUAUAG